UGGUAGUCCCUCGACGCGAAGCUCGUGCGCGGAGCCCAGGUCUGCCGAGCUGCCCCCUGUCGGCAGGUAUCCUAGCUGUCUUACCCUAGCGGGUAGGUCGGUCAUUAACUCAAUCAUGGAUGACGUGCAUGAUGCCCUCGUGCUAGGCACGGGUGGGAAAGAGCGCAUCAUCAGCGGACUGCUCUCCGCAGAUGGCUUGAAG